AUGUGGUUCAGUUUUACUGCGAUCGGAGCAAUUGCCUCUUGCAUUAUAAUUGUAAGUCUGUGGGAAAAGUUCCAAACAAACCCUACCAUAACAGGCUUAGAUACCGAUUUCCAUAACUGGGAUGUGCCUUUCCCUGCGGUAACGAUUUGUGACGUCAACCCUGUCGAUGAAGAAUUAUUGCAGGAAUAUAUUGAGCAAACAUGGCCUUCAGAAGUACCGGCAAAUGCAAGCGACAUGUUGCAAUGGCUAGUAACGUUGAGUUAUCGUUCUAUUGCCGAAAGCGCCUCCAAGUAUGCAACGCAGCCUGAUCUAGUGGGACGAACUAUUAAUGAUGCUCCCGCGCCGGCUAUGGACCCAAAGGAAGCUGUUUUCAGUGUAGGUUACUAA